AUGAGCGGGAGAGGGUUCGGCACGGAGGGAAGGAGCCCGAAUUCAUCCCCUUCUGCCCCGAGUCCCCUGGAGCAGCGUGGAGUGAGCAUUCGAACGAAUGAAGCAGGAUGGCUUUCCGGCGAGAGAAGAUGGACACCUUCAGCACCAAGAACUUGGUUCUGCAGGCUCAGAAGAAGCUCCUGAGCAAGAUGGCCUCCAAGACCAUGGCCAGCGUCUUCAUCGAUGACACCAGCAGCGAGGUCCUGGAUGAGCUGUACCGGGUCACCAAAGAGUUCACCCGCAACCGCAGGGAGGCCCAGAAGAUCAUCAAGAACCUGAUCAAGAUCGUCAUGAAGCUGGGGGUGCUGUACCGCAACCGGCAGUUCAAUGCCGACGAGCUGCGGCUGAUGGAGCUCUUCCGCAAGAAAGUGCACACCUUGGCCAUGACCGCCGUCAGCUUCUACCAGAUAGACUUCACCUUCGACCGCAGGGUCAUGUCCAGCGUGCUCAACGAGUGCCGGGACCUGCUCCACCAGGCCAUCAACACCCACCUGACGGCCAAGUCCCACUCCCGGAUCAACCAUGUCUUCAACCACUUUGCGGACUACGAGUUCCUCUCGGCGCUGUACGGACCUUCCGAGCCCUAUCGCACCCACCUGCAGAGGAUCUGCGAAGGAGUCAACAAAAUGCUAGAUGAGGACAACAUAUGAACCCGCAAAGACAAGGUCUGAGAGCAACUGUUUGGCUCUUCGCCUGGUUCUCUUCCACCGGGACUGCCCAGGCUGCAUUCUGCUAGCCGUGAAUUCAACAGCAAGACGUCCGCUGUCAGUGGGACCUGGCCUUACGCUCUCUCCACGGUGCUAAACUUCUGGUUCCCUUCUCUUUUCAUAAAGACCUGGGACAUUUCUGGCUACACGAUUUUGCAAUCUGCUGCUUGUCUUGGUAGCUGGAAUCUCUUCCCCUCGCGUUAGCUCCGUCCAGAAAUUAAAAUGAGGCAAGCCGCUUCCGUCUCUACCCUGUUGGGGCACCAUCCCACCGAAGGAGGGCUUGUUUGUAGGAGCAAGACUGGAGAAAAUGCUCCCGCUGAGCCCCAGCGUGAUAGCUCCGCUUCGGAAGCCAAUCCAGCGUCUAACUCAGCACAGGCCAGCCCUUCUGAAUCCAUGAGCUCGCUGUUUAAAGUUCCUUGGGCUUGCUGUAUAUAUUCUUAACCACCAAGUGCUCUUAAACCCACUUGUAAA